GCGGGAGGGAGGGAGGGAGGGGGAGAUUUAUAAUUUAAAGGAGCUCCGGUGAGAAACCCUAUCAUUUCGCAUCCUAAAGGUCUCAGAUUCAGCCACUCCCCAUCGCUCAGUUACAACUUACAACCAUAGAGCCUCAUGAUCUGAUUGUGUUGCAGUGAUAUCAAACUCUCUGGAUUUGUGAUUAUGGCUGAUACACUUGAUUCCCGACCUCACACAUUCUCCAUCAAACUCUGGCCUCCGAGUCUACCCACGAGGCAAGCUCUCAUCGAGCGCAUGACCAACAACCUCUCUUCCAAGACCAUUUUCACCGACAAGUUCGGCAGCUUAACCAAGGACCAGGCCACGGAGAACGCCAAGAGGAUCGAGGACGUCGCUUUCUCCACCGCCAACCUACACUACGAGAGGGAGCCUGACGGCGACGGCGGCUCGGCUGUUCAGCUCUACGCCAGAGAAUGCAGUAAACUCAUCUUGGAAGUUCUCAAGAAAGGCCCUGUUGCUGCCGCUAAGGCUGAGGAAGUAGUAUCUGCUUCUCUUAAGGAAACUGUUUUCGAUAUUUCGAAAGGCAAAAGAGCUUUUAUUGAAGCGGAGGAGGCUGAGGAGCUUCUCAAACCGUUGAAGGAGCAUGGCAAUGCUUACACUAAGAUAUGUUUUAGCAAUAGGAGUUUCGGUCUGGGAGCUGCACGUGUCGCCGAGCCUAUCUUGGCGUCUCUGAGAGACCAGCUCAAGGUUGUUGACUUGUCUGAUUUUGUAGCUGGGAGGCCGGAGGUCGAAGCUCUAGAGGUUAUGAAUAUCUUCUCUGACGCCCUGCGAGGGAGCGUUCUCUCAUCUCUCAACUUGUCAGACAACGCGUUGGGAGAGAAGGGCGUUAGAGCGUUUGGGACGCUCUUGAAGUCUCUGAGCUCUUUGGAAGAGCUUUAUCUGAUGAACGAUGGUAUCUCUAAAGAAGCUGCACAAGCUGUCUCCGAGUUGAUUCCUUCAACGGAUAAGUUGAAGGUUCUGCAUUUUCAUAACAACAUGACGGGAGAUGAAGGAGCGGUGGCGAUCGCUGAGGUUGUGAAGCGCUCGCCGCUUCUGGUGGAUUUCAGGUGCUCUUCCACGAGAGUUGGCUCAGGUGGGGGUGUUGCUUUGUCAGAAGCGCUUGAGCGUUGUGCUCGUUUGGAGAAACUCGAUCUGAGGGAUAAUAUGUUUGGCGCAGAAGCUGGAGUUCCUCUGAGCAAGACGCUUUCAAGGUUCGAACAUUUGACUGAGCUUUACUUGAGUUAUCUAAACCUUGAGGACGAAGGUGCCAUAGCCAUAGCAAACGCCCUCAAGGAGUCUGCUUCGCCCAUUGAAGUUCUUGAGAUGGCGGGAAAUGAUAUAACAGUUGAAGCCGCUUCAGCUAUAGCAGCCUGUGUAGCAGCGAAACAAGAUCUGAACAAGUUGAAUUUGUCUGAGAAUGAGCUGAAAGAUGAGGGAUGUGUGCAGAUUGCAAAGAGUUUGGAAGAGGAUCAUUUGAAGCUGCAGUACAUAGAUAUGAGCAGUAAUUGCAUCAGAAGAGCAGGAGCACGGGCCUUGGCUCAGGUUGUUGUUAAGAAACAAGGUUUCAAGCUGUUGAACAUCGACGGGAAUAUCAUAUCAGAGGAAGGCGUUGAGGAAGUUAAAGAGAUGUUGAAGAAAACACCAGAGGUACUUGGAGCAUUGGACGAGAAUGAUCCGGAUGGAGAAGCUGAGGAAGACGAAGAUGAAGGGAAUGAUGAGUUGGAAUCCAAGCUGAAGAAGCUUGAAGUGAAUGAGGAUGAUUAAGUCUGUUAAUGUUGGUUACUUUUCAAUGCUUCAUUUGUUUUGUACCAGGAUCACUUUAUCUGCUAAGCUCUAUAGACACCAAAAAUAUUUUGCGACUUUGGUGUUAAUUGGCGGUAUCUUAUCAAAUCCUUCCUUCCUUCCUUUUAUAAGAAACGAUUAUGUUUCCUUA